AUGGCUACUGAAUAUCCUGCAGCCGAGUUUGUCGGCAUUGACAAGGUUCUUCUGUUCCCUCAAACCAUUCGCCCCGCCAAUGUCACGUUCAAGCAGAUAGAUGUUACCCAUGGUCUCCCUUUUGAGGACAAUACAUUUGACUUUGUCCAUAUUCGGCUAUUUUUAUUGGCUUUCAACAGAGAACAAUGGGUGGCGUGUCUACAGGAGAUCCGCCGUGUUACCAAGCCUGGAGGAUAUGUUCAAUUAAUGGAGGACGACGGUGACGAAGUGGUUCGCGAAUUUGCAUCACAGGUUGAGAGAAUGAUGAACCUUAAUGAUCAGGAUCCUAGGCUUUGUGAGAAGCUUGGAGAGUUAUUGUCCAAGAAUGGAUUCACCCCAGUGGAAGAAGUAAAAAGGUCCGUUCCUUUAGGUAAAAAUACUCAUUUCACUUUUGAUACGUGUAAGCCACUUGUUAUUGGCAUCUACCAUUUGACAACUGAAGAGCAAUAUCAAACUCUCAAGCAUAAGUGGCUUGAAAGCAGAAGGAAAUCAUCAAACUCCACUUGGUUUGCUGCUGUAGGACGAAAUCCAGCCUGA